AUGGAUCACAUCGUCAGUGUAAAUACUGACGCAGACGAGCCGCUUGAUGCAGAUCCGCUGCUGAGACAACUUCGUGAGCAGCGAUAUGGACUUCCACAAAAAGUACGAUUUGUUGGAUCAAAAUAUGGGAUUUGCAUUGUUCUGGUUGUCCUGCUUGUUCUUCCUUUGAUCGUCAACUUUGGUCCCCCGUGGAACUACAGCAGCGAACUGGAACCAAAGGCUUUCAAUGCGAUGGCAAAGAAACAGGAGGAGCUUGGCGGUCAAGGUGGCACUCUGGAAACAGGUCCCGGUUGUCCAUCAACCUGCGGUAGUUUCGUUGCCUGCGAGUUGAACGUCAGCAGUGAGAACAACUUGUUACCUCUGCAACUUUUUACAUUCUUUGGACUUUUUCCAUUGCCAAAAGGAUUAGAAGACUUGGCUUUGACCAAUCGACUUUACAACAAACAGAUCACGGUCUUCAAGGAGGAAUACCAAUGUCCUGACAGUGACUGCUGGAUUCCGAACGCCUUUUUGAACGAUGACUUCUGUGACUGCCCGGGGACUUGCGCAGAUGAACGCAACCAUGAUUGCGAAACCUGUGGCGGAACUGGUGGUGGCAUCAGGCCGGGCGUGGGAUGCCCCACCAUUUGUGCGGGUUUGAAUGACAUCAACUCCAUUUCGUGCCUUGGCGCUGGCACUAGCGAAGGGACCACCUUUGUUUGUCCUGGGAGCAACUGCGGCAUCGACCCUCUCUUUGUGGAUGACAACCGUUGUGAUUGCCCUGACUGUGCAGAUGAAACGAAUUGGACGUGCUCGAAUUGCUCUUGUCCCAGCAUUUGCGGUGUGAGUCUAUACCCAUGUGAUGGGUCAGGCGUUUUUUCUUGUCCAACUAGCAGCCCGGAUGAUCAGAUUUGUAACUUGCCUGGAUCACUCCAACAAAACCUCGUCUGCGACUGCCCCGGCACUUGCGCAGACGAAUUGGGCGGCCCAGGUCCCCCAGGGUUCUCAUUUGAUUGUGCCACUUGCCGAUGUCCGCUCAGUUGUGGCCAGGAUACAUUUGGAGGUUUGUCAAACUGCAUUAGCGAGUUCUUCUUUUUCCUGUUCCCGCCCUUUCGAUGUCGCGAUGGCUGCGAAAUCCCGUGGUUUUUCCAAGAUGACGGAACAUGUCAUUGCUCAGAUUGUGAGGAUGAAUCCGCAUGGGAUUGCACAACUUGUGCCUGCCCAGAGUUUUGCAACCAAAACCUCAGGAGUUGUUUGGAUAUUUAUUUUCAGUGCCCUGAGAGUUCUUGUACUAUCAGCAUCGAGGAGUUCAACAACAACCGUUGUGACUGCCCGGGAACAUGUGCAGACGAGGAGAACUGGACGUGUGAAAGUUGUGAAACCUUUGGCUAUGGAUGUCCUGCGAAUACCUCUUGUGGAGUUGGAAAUGAUUGUGACCGGAGAAUUCUAACUUGUCAAGAAGUUCCUGGUGAGCCAACCUGUGAGUAUGUGGGAUACCAAUUCAACGAUGACCAUUGUGACUGCCCCCUUUGUGAUGACGAGCCUUUCUGGGACUGUUCCAGCUGCUUCAACGGAUGUCCUACAAGUGCCUGCGUGGAGCGUGGGCCUGAAUGUCGCCCUAAGCGGGUUUACCCGGGCUUCGAAGUGCAAUGUCCAGGACAAGUAGGCUGUUCCAUCGAUUCAAGUCUGAUCGAAGACGGCCAGUGCGAGUGUCCUUUCACUUGCGCAGAUGAGACCAAAACAUACCGUUGUCCUGUGUUUGCAGAUUGCAUGGGACCAUUUUGCCCUCCAAACUGUGCAGACAUUGAAUGUCCAACUCGUCGCCUCAGCGAACUUGAGCUCAACAAAAGCCUGCACAGAGCAUCUUCAAGUGCAUCGCCACAUGCAGCGAGGGCACCAGCAAAUUCACCGCAAAGUUCGGCGAACACAGUGCCUCAAAACCAUUUGACGACUGGCAGCCAGGGCAUCGUGGAUUCUAUCGUGGUCUGCUUGGGUGUCAUCCAGGAGGCCAUCAAAGCAGUCCACAUGCAACGGCAAGAACACGAUGCCAAGGAUGGAAAGGAUGGCACGGCCAAGGAAUCUGAUGCCAUGGGAGACCAAAGAGUUCGCAGGGAAGCUCUGGAGAAGUCCUUUGGUCGAGUGAACCCAGCGUUGGUGGCGAUGCACGCGGCUCUGGAAGCUGCCUUUGAGCAGCACGGAGCAAAGGAAGCAAUGGAAGCUAUGAAAGUACCAUCGAAAAAAACAGAUCAAACCAAGACUUCCACGACCAUGCCUGCCCUGGCUUUCACAGAACCUUUGAGUCGCGUGGUCUUGCGUGAAGCAGUGGAGAUUUUCUUUGAUCCAAAGCAUGCAGAGCCGAAGCACUGGGAGAAAUUGAAAGAAGGACUCAUGAAGAAAUUCACAGCUCCAGGUUUCCAGGCUGCAGAAAGAAGGGCUGCGCAAGAAAGGAGGCUGCAAGAUAUUGCUGCUACAACCAAGCCGACCAAGUCCAAGCAAGAGGCCUUCAAAGAUGUGAAAGAACAACUGAGACAUUCCGACAAAUUUGAUCCUUUGAUUUUCCUCUUGCAAGAGAUGGCACGAGUUCAUUAUGCCAAGAUGGGGCCCAAGAUGCAAAGCAUCAAAUCCGAACCUGGAGAAUCUCAUGUUGCCCAGCCACGGUUGCUUCAAGUUCUUCAUGGUUUCAAAAAAACUUCAACGAACCCUCCAGGCAGACGCGCACAGGCGGAUUUGAUCUCCAUCCUGGCCCCCCCGGAUGCUUUCAGAUGUCCCGGUGAUGAAGGCUGUGUCCUGCCCAGGGCUUAUGUGAACGAUCGGAAAUGCGAUUGCCUCGACUGCGCUGAUGAGGACUCUUUUACCUGUGACACUUGCGUCCCAGACGAGCCGUUCAGCUCCAGAGCCGGAGUCAACGACCAAACAGCGCUGGGAGCGUCCUUAGGCGUUUCGCUGGGCGCAGCCAUCGGCAUCGGUUUGGGCGUCGGUUUAGGCAUCUCUGCAGGGCUGGGAGCCUACAUUGCUGCGGGCUUCGUGCAACUCUCAGUGAUGAAUGCCGAGGAGUUUAUCAGCAACCCACAAGUCCAGGCGGGUAUGAAGCAAGCAUUCCUACGCCUUGCGGGUCUCAAAGUUGCUGAAACGGCUGUGGAGUUGAAUUGGGCCUGUGCCAGCGAUGCGCUCUCCAAGAUUGCGACUCGACGGCUGCAACAAUCGGUGAACCUUUGUUUUGAGAUUUCCAUCGAGGGAAAGAAGGAAAGCGCGGAUGUUUGCCAAGUGCUGUCUUCGACUUCCUUGACAGGUGCUCAAAGUGUGAUCAAAGAGGAACUGACUAAAGCUGGGGCUGACGAUUCCAUUGAACUCGUGCAGUGGACACCAGAGGAAAAUCCUUUGUCGAAGAAUCCUACUCAAGGUGAGCUACAAGGCGCCCGGGACGUCAGCGGUUUCAUCAACAAGAAAUUCUUCCAUCCCUCGACUUUACGAAAUCAAGAAAAGCUCUGGAAGGCCCAGACAGAGGAGGAACGUGAGAUGCGGAAACAGCAGGAAUUGGAGAAAAGAAGAGAUGAAGAGAGACAGGUGGAAGAACUACGAAAACAGAUGUAUCUCUCUGGUCAAGGCAAAUCAAGCGACUUCCUCUCGAGUGCAGCUGAGGCAAGCGCAGCCAGCAGCCACUUGGGCAACAGUGAAAAAGAGGAACUCAAGCGAGCUAUUGCAGAACAGAAACGCAGAACGAAGCUGAAGCGAGCCCAAGCGGACAAAGCCGACAAAGGAGCCAGCGACGAGGAAGGGGAUGAGCCGCCCUCCAAAUCAGGAGCAGCUGCAGCAGCCCGCACUUUUGCCAAGUCCAGGUAUCCUGAAGACGUGUACGAGAGCGAGCACACAGCUGUGUGGGGCUCAUGGUACUCCAAAGAUGAAGACCGAUGGGGAUUUGGCUGUUGCAAGCUGCUAGUGCGCAAUGAACAGUGCCCACUGUUCGAGGCGUCUGAUGACAAGCCGGGGAAGAAAGACAAAGACAAGGAUCGCCGUGAUCUCUCCAGGAGAAAAGAGGAUCCGCCGCAAGGAGGAGAGAUUCAAGGUAGAGAAAGCGCAGCUGCCAAAUCCGAACCGGAGCCUACUGCUGUGAUUGAUCCCACAACACUCUUGGACACCCGCAUGCUGGAAGCUGCUUCCAAGCGUCAAAAAAUCAAGAGUUUCAAGGAGCUUAAGGAGCUUGCAAGCAGCAAGGACCCUUGGAUAUUCAUGAUAUUCACACACACACACAUAUAUAUAUAUAUAUUCAUGCGCUUUUUGAAUUUUCUCAAUCUUUCUCACGAGCGUGGUGGCCUAAAGCUGUGCAUUUCAAGGAGGCAAAGCAGCAGAGCGGGUGCCUUUGCCUUGCGGUAUUUUUCGGCGCUCUUUCUUUAA